CACGCGACGCCACCGGAAUCCAACGGAACCACUGCGGCAGAGCAAAGAGCCCGCUCAUUGCCGGAACCAAAACAACUCCGACAGCCCCCGUGUGACGUCUUAUCGGGUGAUUUCCACGCUGCGUUGCGUUGCUAGCUCGCGGCUGUCUGUUUGUUCCCGCAGUUGGCUCAUACCCCGUCUUACCUUUGCAAUCGCACCACGCGUCCUGCGCACAUAUGCGAUAGCGCCGUCGGACUCCAUCAACACGUCGACGUCGUCCAGACAUUGGCAGCGUCAGCUGUUUGUGAAGCCCGUCGCCCAGCAAGAUGUCCCUAACUCCGCCACUCGUUGCCAACGACGACACGCUCAAUGAAUCGUGGGUUGAGCUGUACUAUGGGGCAUCCUCGUCAGAUCGAGCAACGCCUCCACUCUCUGGUAAUGCCCAUAUCUUGGAGAAGCUGCUGCUGGAGGCCCAGAGGGAGUCCAAUGCAUCUUCAGCUAAAGGAAGUGGAAGCCCCAAGAGCCCACACAGUCCUUGUAGUGAGCCACUCACCUUCACCCUGAAUAAGGAGGAAAAGCAAAUCCCAACUGAUUGGAUCUGGGACUGGAGUAGUCGCCCAGACCAGCAACCUCCAAAAGACUGGAAGUUCCGGCAUCCGAGCAAUGGGAACCGAAGGCGUCCAGUGCUGAGUCUGCGUGGGUCCCGCAUUAUACGUUUGGCUGACAUAUUUCCCGCACUGCUGCUCAGCAACUUGCUCUCAGUUCUUCUUGGAGCUGGCAUCGGGGUGUGCAUUGGGCGAAGAAUGAAGGUAGCCAACGUGGAUUGAUAUAGCCAAGACACAUGGAGUGGGUUUUUGUAUUCUCUCUCCUUCCUUGUAAAGGUCCUGUGAGUGCUCUGGUUGUGUACCGACUGUACAUAGUCACACUACAUCCAAUAUCAACUUUGUGGUCGGCCCAGAUAGUGGCCGGCAAAUUAUGGUCGCGUUAUCUCAUUUCAAGAUCCUAUCGAUAGAGCCUGCAAGGGAUGUUCAUGUUGUGGUUCUCAUCUUAGAUGGAGUUGGAUGUGGUUUGUGUGCCAUAACACAAGAUGCUCUGCUUCUCAUUCAUUGAAGAAUUCUAAAGCCACCACAUGUUUUGUUAGGUCAUGCGAUACGUCACAUAUAUCAAUAAGAAUAAUACAUAGGGUUCACAGACUGUACUAAAACAGUAUAAAGCAGCGAUUUGUUUGUGAAAAUGUCUUCUGGUUUUCUUAUUUUAAACCAGGUGCUGUAAACGUUUGCUGUAAACGGUCCUUUUCAUCUGGUUCAAGUUCGAUACUUGAAUCUGUAUGUUUAUUGCGGUCCACUUUGUUUCCGGUCGGUGAAUUCUGGUGGUUCGUAAAAAACUGUCAAGAGAAAUGCACAAGAACAUGCCUUAUUUUGUUUUGUGCAAGCUCACUUUGCAGAGAUCUGUGGUGUGUUUUUGGUUGAUUAAGGUCCAACUGCGAGAGGGGAUAUCGCAGCGCUAUGGGACUAACACGUGACUUAAUUCUUUGCCAAAGCUAUCUAGGCAUGAACAAGUGGUGGUGGUUGAAGCUCAGAAUAUAUUUGCAUCACACACAAUGCUCUCGCAAGGACUGGCUAUGAUUGUUAUCAGUUGUGUAUGUCCAUUGAAGGCCGAUGAAUAGAGCUGUAGUGUGUGGUGUGUUUUGUUUUGCUGCUAGGCAUUUGAGAAUAAAAUGGUUCUCAUUAGUACAGUUUAUUUUGUUAUGCCAAACCUAACAACAUACACCAUUAUUUAAUAAUAUAUUCAUUUGCUGAAUCCGGCACACGCAUGUUAUUCUGCCCGAUAGGGUUAAGUGGUGUCAUGAGAUGUGUGUGGGCAGCAUUAAUAUUUCAUUUUACAGUAUCCCAAGAAACGUCUCGCAAGACCCUUUGAUGAACCUUUGUUUGCGCAGAAAUGUUUCACCUCGGUGUUUGGCUUCUGACACUUAAUAUGGUUAUGAUCUAAGUUGCCAUACUCGAGAGCUUCGCAUAUCAACUGUACAUUUUUCUUCUUCGAGGAAGCAGUAGUACAUUUGUUACUUUUGCAUUCCAUUGCAGGCCCCUGUGCUGUUUCACGAACGUUGUUCGGAUGCAAAAAAUUAUCUUAAAUUAUGAAAAUUAUGAAAGGAAAAGCAGAAGAGAAAUAAACCGCUGCAUCCAAGUUCAUUUGUACAGUCUUGGCUUGUUACUGCUGUUCCCAACUGUUUUCUUGUUACAAGGGCAAAUUUUUCAUUCUUCUUCUCCGGAGACUGAAGUGAACGUUCUUUUCUUUUUCGACUCUAAGUAGAAAGAACAGACUUCUCGCCACUCCUUUGCUGACUGAAGCAGUGGAUACAGGAGAGGAAUAUGGAGGAACAGCAUAACCAUGUGUGCUACUUAUUUCUUGAAGGAACUAGUAUACACAUCAGCUUCCAAAAUCUGGAGUUUGUGACUAAAAAUUGUGAGGGGAUGUGCUUGAUAGCAAGUAAGGCUCCAGCAGAAUGUGGCAGAGUCAUGUUCUGUUAAACAAAGAUUUUUACGCGGAGUGUGAAGCUUUCUCGUUUAGUUUUCCUUCAAUGCCUUUUUGGGGUACACUGCGUAUGACCAUUCUGUUUGAUGUUUGGACAGCUUCACUGCAACUGUAAAAGGUCUUGCAGGACAAACAAGAUGCUUUGUAUAAGAGUAGAAGGAAUCUGUUCUAUACAUUUGCAAUGCCUGCAUUCACUCAAAAAUAGGAACUUCUGUGCACUUGUGUAAUACAUUUUUCACUACUGGAAUAAGAGUACACCUUGCGUACAUACCAAACUUAUUUUUUUGUAUGCAUCAACUGAUAAUUUUUGGCUCUACGUCAAAACAACUAGUACGUUCAUAAAUAACAACAUAAUGACUAUGGCUUUUCAGAUUGCAAUGAUUACAUGCCUUUGGUAGUACCGGGCCAAGCUCUCUGCACAAUGCCUCAGGUUUCCAUCAUAGGAUGAAAUGAGCACAAGGAGAGUUGUCCCGUAAACGCGCACAAAACAGUAUACGAUAAUUGUGAUGAAUCAAAGGGUAUACCUGUGUAUCUAGAAACAAGCUUCUUGCCAGACCCUGAAUGAAACAGACAGACUUGAAACAGUUUCUCAGUCCUGUCAUGCACCUACGAGAUGACAUGCAGAAAUGGUACAUUGCUUUUUGACUUAACCUGUUGCAUGCAGAAGCAAGCUUCACAUUUGCAGUGUCCAUUUCCGAUGAGUGCGAACAAAUAUAAUGAAAAGGGUUUGGAGUGCGUCCUGUAAUGUUUCUUGAAUAUCGUUACUUAUUGUGGAAUUUGAAUAUAUUAAACUUUAUUGAAUUUAA